AGGCUUUAGUUUGUCGUUUGGGUGCUCAGUAAAUGGCUGCUUGGCUGUGCUGUGGAAGUAAUCGCAAAGUCCUUGUGAAGAAACCAUCGUUUGUUUUUAGCUCACAGUGUGAGCGGUGCUGGCUGUUCCUGCCAUUCCCAGUGAGUCCAUUGUCUUGUGAAGAAUUAGGGAAGAUGUGUUUUCAGUGUCUUGUGGUUUCCUGCAGAUCAGCUGAGCCCAGCUUGCACAUCCAAGGCAAUUCCUGCACAAGAAAGAGACUACAAGAAUGGAUCUCUGUCAUCUUAUGCUUCUCUCUGAUCUGCUUCAAUUUUUACAAUCUCCUCUUCUACCUGCGGCUGGAGCACACGCCCUCGGUUCUCGUUGGGAUUUUUGCAGGAGUUAUUACGGCCGACUUCCUCUCAGGACUGUUCCACUGGGGAGCAGAUACCUGGGGAUCUGUGGAGCUGCCCAUCGUUGGAAAGGCUUUCAUCAGACCCUUUAGGGAACACCACAUUGACCCCACAGCAAUCACCAGACAUGAUUUCAUAGAGACCAAUGGAGACAACUGCUUCAUGACACUGGUCCCCUUGGCAAACAUGGCAUACAAAUUUGUUUCCUUUUCCCCAGAGGCACUGUGUGAGAGCUGUCCCUGGGACUGUUACGUGUUUGCCCUCAUCAUCUUCAUCACCAUGACGAACCAGAUCCACAAGUGGUCCCACACGUACUUUGGCCUUCCACGCUGGGUCGUGUUCCUGCAGGACUGGCACAUCAUCCUGCCCCGGAAGCACCACAGGAUCCACCACGUGUCCCCACACGAGACCUACUUCUGCAUCACCACGGGUUGGCUGAAUUAUCCGUUAGAGAAGAUAAGAUUUUGGAGAUGUUUGGAGAACAUCAUCCAAGGACUUACUGGGGAGAAGCCAAGAGCAGAUGACAUGAAAUGGGCUCAGAAAAUCAAGUAACUUCUGCCAGCCUUCUGCAAUCCUUAACUUGUUGCCAAUGUUGUUUUUAAAAGAAAAAAAAAAAUAAAGCCAUCAGCCAAAUUCAAGACCUGCAAAGAAAUAACAGACUCUAAAGCACAAACUAAAAAGUGCUAACACAGACUGCAAUGAAAAGAACUAAUUCUUAAAACAAUACUUGAAAUGAAGAUGAUUACUCUCACUGAG